AUGGAUGACCUUGCCGGCCUGAACUGGAACGCCUCCAGUACCCAAAGCUCCAAACCCGCGAACCCCACACCCACCGCCCCGAUCGGCUCCUAUCCAUCCCUGCGCCCUUCGCCCUCCCCCUUCGCCUCGGGGAGGAAUACUCCGCUCUCCACACAGGGCUCAGGCUCCUCUAGACCAAAACCUGCUGCUGCGAAGGCGACCGAGGACAGCUUCAGCAACCUCUUUAGUUUCGGCCCCUCGAAACUCAAUGCGAAUCUCAGCCUAAAGGAGCAACAGGAGCGACUCGAGGCUGAGAAGCGCAGGAAGGAAGAAGAGCGCCGAAAGAACGCCGAGUCGCAGUUCGGUAGCCAUUUUCUCGAUUCCCUAGGCUCGGGCGCCACGUCACGAACAUCCUCUCCCGCCAUUCCUCCACCUUCCACCGCAUCGAAACCCAACGGCGAUGACGACGACCUCUUCGCGGCUUUCCGAGCCGAUACUAAAGUAGACAACGCAAGCCACUACCCGCCGCCUCCUGAGUCCAGCAAGCCCACACCCCCACCUGGCCUCGAUUUGAGCAACCCAGCGUCGUGGAACCCGAGCCCUGGCGCCGACAAUGCUGCAUUCGCGGAGGACGACGACGAUCCCUUCGGUCUGAGCAACUUGCCGAAGCGGAAGCCCGCAGAACGGGCAAGCGCACCAGUUGCGGUUGCCAGCGAAGAUGACGACUUUCUAGGUGACCUCGGCCGGCCUGUUGAGGAAAUUCGGAAAAGGCAGGAGGUAGCGCAGCGGGCGGCGCAGCAACCAGAGCCUGGAAAGCCGAUAGAACUGGACGAAUCCGAUUCUGAAGAUGAGGUAGAUGCUCCUCAAUCUCCCCGAACUCGAACCCCCCGAGGUGAAGUCGAUCCAUUCGACAAAGCGGUUGCUCAAUUAGUAGAUUAUGGAUUCACCGAUGAAGACGCGCGGCGCGGCUUGACGGAGAGCGGGGCGGGUCUGAACGUCCAGGUUGCUGUGAACUGGCUGCUGGAUGACGCUCACAGGAGAUCCAAGGAGAAGGCUAAGGGAAGCGCCCCCCAGCGUCCCACCAGAAAUACACGGGAUGCCUCUCCAGGUCAAUCACAACCGCCGUGGGCUCGAGACGGUCCCUCUGGCCCCGAAAACCGACCUCAGGCUAGUGGCGAUAACGACCUAGCUAAGACUGCAGCUGCGAUGGGGACAAGUUUCUUAAAAACGGCCAACUCGCUCUGGAAAACUGGCCAGAAGAAGGUUCAGAAAGCCGUGGCAGAUUUCCAGUACGAAGGAGACCCAAACCAGCCGAAGUGGAUGCGCACAGCGCAGCAGGACAGAAUGCAUGCAUCCGAGAAGCAGCCCGAUGCUACUGAUGAAGCCAUGAUGCUUGAUUCUGGAAUGCGACCAGACCGUCGCCCGGCUCGCGGCCAGCAACCUUCCUCGCGCGAACGAUCGCCUGCCGUACCGCCGCCCCAGUCCCAUCGACAAAGCCCAGGACCACCCAAAUGGCAGCAACAACAAUCCCGCCCUCUUGACGCGCGAUCGCGCUUGAACAGGCUUGCUGCCGAGGAUGAUGAUGUGUCGACGUAUGUGAGUCCAAACCGAAGACGAAAGGCGACGCCGGUGGAGUCGCCCAAGCCACCUCCCUCCGAGGAGCCGGACCUUCUUUUUGGCACCACUUCUACACCAUCCACCACUACUACCACCCUUCCCCAACGGCCGGCACAAAAGACACCAGCCGCGGCGCCCAAACGAGCUACUCCGCCCAUGCCCAAGCCAACACCGCGCCCGACGCGCCAAAUCCCCGCCAUUACGCCCAUCGCUCUUCAAACUUCCACGAAGCACCGACUCGAAGGAACGGCGCAUUUCAAGCGUGGCGACUUCGCAUCGGCGCAUGAAUCUUACUCAUCUUCCCUCCUCGCCAUCCCAGCUACCCACCCACUUAGUAUCAUCCUCCUUACAAACCGUGCCUUGACGAGCCUCAAGACCGGCGAGGCCAAGCAGGCGCUCGAAGAUGCGGACCAGGCCAUCAAGCUCAUCGGUCCUAGUCUCGGCCAGGGUGAGACGGUGGCAGUCGUGGUUGAGAGCGGCGGCGAGGAGCACCGCGACAUGAAGGAUCUGUACGGCAAGGCGCUCAGCCGAAAGGCCGAGGCGCUGGAGCAAAUGGAACGGUGGGCCGACGCGGGCACGGUCUGGCAGUCGUGCGUCGAGGCGGGUGUCGGCGGCUCAGCCGCUAUCGCCGGCCGACAGCGAUGUCAAAAAGCCAUAGCCCCCAAGCCCAAGCCGACUCCCCGUCCUGCUGCGAUCCCCAAGCCGAAACCCCGUACCUCGGCGCUGUCCGAUCUCGGCCCCCAGAAGAAUUCCGAAGCCGUGGAGAGGCUACGGGCGGCGAACCAGGCCGCCGCGCGCGAGGACGAGGAGAAGUUUGUCAUUUCGGAGCGCGUCGAUGCGCGGGUUGGGGCAUGGCGUGACGGGAAGAGGGAGAACCUGCGGGCGCUGCUUAGCAGCCUCGAUCAGGUGCUCUGGGAGGGUAGUGGAUGGAAGAAGGUCGGGCUCCAUGAGCUUGUGAUGGCGAAUAGGGUCAAGGUGAUUUACAUGAAGGCGAUUGCCAAGACGCAUCCGGACAAGCUACCACAGGAUGCCUCGACCGAGGUGCGGCUAAUCGCGGGAACGGUGUUUAGCACGCUCAAUGAGAGCUGGGACAAGUUUAAGGCGGAGAAUGGACUGUAG